UUAACAUGGAAAAUACCUUUAUUUAGAGUAGCUUCAUAGACAUCAAUCAAUUUUAGACAGUUAUUACAGCUGGCGAAUAGUAGCACUUCCCAAACAGUGGUUUCCAAGAAAAUAAAUAAACACAGCCCCCGAGUCUGGCGGUGCCUUCAAGAGCUUAGUAAAUGUCGUUACGUAGUAAAUUGUACCUCGUAUAUGUACGAAUUGAACUAAUGAAGAGAUUGUAAUUCGGUCUGUGUGUUAUCUUUUGAAAACAAGGUAAAAUAAAAAUGUUUUAGGAAGAUAUAGUUUCACAAAUUGACUGAAGGCUAGUUUUAAGUCAACUCAGUAAGUUUAUAGAGGAGCCAUGGACAGUAACAAUAGAUUUAAGCAGUGUAUAGGUUUAAACCCUUCAUUUAACUAGAAAAUAAACGAAAAAAAGAAGUGCACUUUAGAAAGACUGUAACAGCACUAUUUUCUGAAUUUUUUUGUACAAUGCAUUGCAUUUGAACGUAAGGAAUGUGUGCAUUCCGACUAUACAGUUGUUCCUGAACGUCUCACCAGUCUAAGGAAACGGACAGACACGCGCAUGCGCAGUCUCACUGUUUGCAUUCCUCCUCCCUCCCUCUGAGACUGACAGCCCGUUAACUGCCGCUGGUCACCGGCAAUGAUACAGCAAACACUGACUCGGUUAAACACACCGAAAUGGACUUAAUGGGCACUUUUCACCACUACAAAGACGGAUAUUACUCUGACGACGCUGUCUUUUGAAACCAGACGGAGUUCAAACCUCGAAAGGUUCGUCAUUUUGCUUCAGGGGCAAAGGAGACUCGACGCCCGGGAGAGCAAUGGAUGCGGCGGUUGGUUUCUGCGACACACACCGGCCAGCUAAGAUGGGUUCACAGUCACUUUAAACACUACCUGGGUGCACUUUAGCAAUUCGGGACAGGAUUUCUUUAUUUUCACUCACUUGUGACACUAAAAGCAGGUACAAAAGCUGUGGAAAUUUACGCCAAGUUUUACGAGACCGUAGCUAAUCCAAAACAGCGUCAAGCUAACCAGCGGCUAACUGAAUUCUCGCUUUCUUUGUUUAUUUUAUUUGCUUCAGUGUGUUCACUUCGAUGGCGUUUCAUUGACACUCCCAUUAACAAAGAGGAAAGCCUUUAUAAGCUAUCUGUCUGGCUCUGGGGUCUGAACUUGAUUUCAAAGGACAUAAAUCAUCUGACUUCUCACUUAUGGCUCCUUAGUAUCGCGGUACUGCAGCCGACCGAGCUAGCUAGCAUCUGUUAGCUUGUCACUUCUUGGCCUUUGCUAACUCCUUAAAGAUCAUAAAAUGCACCACCAGGACUUUUCUGGAGACCCUCCUGGGACUGGGAGUAGGAAAUCGUCGUUCCACUUCAGGAGGGGCAGUAGUGGUGCAUCUGCAGCCGCUGGAGGUGGCGUGAGCUCGGUUGACGACAGUGCAACCCAGGCUGGAUCCUCGUCUCCCGGACUCCAUCACCAGCAGCAGCAGUCCCAAGCGACUGGUGCUCAGGUGAAGAAGAAGAGUGGCUUUCAGAUAACAAGCGUCACCUCAGCUCAGAUCAAUGUUAGUGGCAACAACAGUUUAGCAGAUGACACAGAGAGCUAUGAUGACAUGGAUGAGUCCCACACGGAAGACCUCUCCUCCUCUGAUAUACUGGAUGUUUCUGUCUCCAAGGCGACGGAUACAGGUGUGCCAGAGAGAAGCUCCUCUGAUGAGACGUUGAACAGUCUCCAUGGGGUUGAUACACCAGGAUUAGUGUCACCCAAUGAGCCUCUUCACCCUCAUUCCAUCCCUCAGGGGUCCCAGCAGCACACUUCUAUGGUUAACGGGACCCUGCCUCAUCAUUACUAUCCUCAGCAACACAGCCAAUCCCACCAUCAUCACUCUGAUAGCCUGGGGGGAGGUGAACCAGCUCUUCCAAUUGCACCUUUGGCUACGUCAAGCCCAGCUAUGAAAACUGGGCCCAGCCAGUCACAGAGGCCGCCUCUGUUGGAUAACACUAAAUCUGCAGGUGUGACAACUCAACCUUUAGCCCCUAUUGUUGGUGUCACAGCCACUGAUCCGCAACUACAAGGCGGUAUGAACAUUUCUAAUAUGUCUGCUGCCCCUGCUGCUGCUGCUGCUGCUGCUGCUGCUGUUCCUCCUUCUGGGCCUGCAGGUUUUGACAACAGUAGUGUGAGCGGGCCAGGAGGUGGAACAGGCCUGUCUGCUCCUUCUGCUGCUGCUCCAAACACUCAAACCCAGCCCACCCAAACUCAGACAGCCACAGGCUCUCGUUUCAGGGUGGUCAAGCUAGACACUAACUCUGAACCGUUCCGCAAAGGAAGAUGGACUUGUACGGAAUAUUAUGAAAAGGAGAUUCCUCAUCCGACAACAGCUGAGGCACCAAAAGGAGCAGAGAUGGCUGCAGAGACUGAGGCAGGUAAUGCUGGGAUUAAUCAGGGGUUACCUGCUGUGCAGCCGCCUCACACACUGCAGCCAUACCAGACACCAAGCCAGGACUUCACUAGUCCACAAGCCAUGCAAAGCCCUCCGCAAGGGAUGGCCCAAACCACUCCUCUGUCCUAUAUUUCACCCCAAGAGAUAGUUGGUGUGUCACACAUGCAAAAACCAGUAGCUCCUCUACCUACAGCGACACCUCCGACUGGUGUAAAUCAGCCUCCCCAAGCAGUAAUCCCUCAGCAGCUGCCCUACGCUGUGGAUCCCCAUCAGGCGGCACCCCAAGGGGGCUAUCCUGCUCCUCAGCUCCAUGCAGGAGUCAUGGCCCCUGGUAGUGUCCGACAACCAGACUUCAUCCAGCCCACUGCUCCCUUCCAAACCCAGGUUCAGCAUCCGCCACAUGUUUCAACAGGAAUUCCUAUUACACCUGUCCCAGGGGUCACAGCCCAGCCAGCUCUCAGCAUUACCCAGCAGCUGCCCCAGGGCCAGGUGGCUCCACCUGCACAGGGAACUUUCACCGGACAGCCACAAGGCCUCCCACCUCAUCCACAUCCACAAGUCCAGCCCUCCGCCGCUGCCACAGUUCCAGUAGCACCCAGCCAUGGGAACCCCUACAUGCCUCUUCCAGCUGUCCUUCAGCCUCUCUUCACCCCUGGUGCAACAUUCACCAACGCCCCAGGAGGAGGAAGCUCAAUGAAAACCUCUCAUCUGGAGGAUGCUCAGAAGCUUCUGCUGCAGCACCAAGGCCUGCUGGGUUUUCCCAGGCUGGGGAUGGGAGCAGCAGGUGGAGAUGGAGCUGCAGAGGCUGGUGUCACUGCUGGAUCUUUGGCCCAUAUGGGGAUGUCUGCUGAGGCUAGUGCUUUCAUGGUGGCCGCUGCUGCUGGACUCAGAGGCCAGCAUGCUGAAGGAGAGGAAGACAGGUGAGAAAGAAUGACAUGCUCCCAGUUUGUCAAAUCUGUCAUGAUCUUUGUUUUGCAGAUGGAGGUUUAAAAGCCAUAAAAUGUGGUUUAUUAUUAUAUGUGUGCUCUUAAUGCAGGAGGUCACAGGGUUCACCAUUUGGCAACAUGAUUAAACCUUAUCCCAUUCUUGUCUGGUAUAGAAUUGCAGCUGCUUGAUAGUUUUGGUCACCCUUAAAAAAGGCAGUAUACGUUCCUCUAAAACCUGUAUUGUUUAGUAUUAAUGCUCUUUCUUCAGAUGUGUAUGCUACCUAUGCAAGACGCUCUAAUAGAUGCCUAUACCAUCAGGGAUGCUGGCUUUUGAACAUUACACUGAUAACAAGCUAAGUCGUCCCUUAUCUCCUUGUAGCAGGGAACAGAGUGUCCAUAAUUUCCAAAAAGAAUUGCAAGACCACAGAACAGUUUUAUUUUUCCUUUAGUGAUUUUAAACCCAUGUGGUGACCUACACUGCAAAAUCAAGCUUAUUUUUGAUGUAGUGCUGCUUCUCAGAAUGUUUUGAUGAUGUUAUGACCAGAGUUUUAUGCUGAGAAACAUUACUCUAAAAUAGUUGAACUUUUACCUCUCACAGUCUCUCUCUCUCUGGGGGCCUUUCCCAUCUUUUACUCCUGUUUAUACCAUGUCAUGUUACUAAUCUGUUGCAAAUGAACCUACAUAACUGGGAGAUGUUCCUCCAGUGUUCAUAAGCAUUAGACACAUUUUUCAGUUUGGUUGUCCCCAUCCAUGUCGCCUGCUUCACAUUUAAAACUAGCAUAUGCAUUUGAUAAAACAAUCACAUUUUUCAGUUUCAACAUGUGAGACAUUGUUUCAGCACUUUGCCAAAAUUUGUUUCUGAAUAUUUCCCACAGUGUCCCAGCUCUUUUGGAAUAGGUGUUGUAUAUCUGUGCUUGUAACACCACUCUGUUCCAUUCAGAUCCAGAAAUCCAAUGUCACAUUGGCUCACUCCCCUGAGGUCACUUUCUGUCAGCCUCCAUGAGGCAGCGGGUGAAAAAAGCUCACUGGACGUUGCUGUUGUAAAAAUAUCAGUAGCUGUUAUGGAAGACGAGCUGCUGAGUCACUGAAGGCGCCGGAUGACUCAGCAGUUGCUCUGCCCCCAUCGAACCCCCCACCCCACCCUUACAUCUCACAUCUUCUUCUGUUAGAUCAGGCCUCUUCGUGUCAGUAAGGCUACAUUUUCCUCACGCUAUCCCUCUCCUUUGUUCAGAGUUCACUUCUGUUGCUAGACACCAAACCUGAUGACUUGUUCCACCCUGAAGGAUCAAUGAAAUGGUUUAUUUAUUGUGCACAAUUACUCAAUUCUAUGUUGCUCAAAAAUGGUCAAUUCAGCUGCAGGUGGUUUCUAUAAAAAACCUCCAUGAUUGCUCUAAAAAGAGACGAUGUCCUGGAAAAAGAGAAAUCCUCUCAUGCCCUAUUUGAAGUUACAGUGUUGGACUUUCUUUCUGAGUCUGAGAGGACAGAAUCAGGAGCUGUGUUGCAUUAAUCAGAUAAACCCUGCCUGCAAAGAAGUGGAGCACUGUCAUGGCAGCAGGCUAGUGUUACCACAGCACUGUCCCGUGUUCUGGUUUAGCAGGUGAUUCAUGUUGUGAGUUCAACAAUAAUGCCCGCAGGGGACGGAGGGACUCUGUCAGCCUCACCCUGCACCCGUAACUGAAAUAGAAACUCGUUCCAUUGGCGCUGUUGCUUUUAUUUAGCUGUUAGCAACGAAUUCAAAAAGUAAAAACAGCAAAAGCAGCAGAAAGUUCAAAACACAGGAGAUUCUAACUGUUCGUGUGUUUUCAGCUGUUCCGAUUCUGUCUGAACUCGAGGAACUUUGCAACACAGGGGUGCAACAACUGCUGCUUUCUUGUUGACAUAGUCUUAGUCAUAUUCAGCUGCAGACAGAGCAGAGCUGUUCACUGUGUGGAGGCUUUUGUCAGCAGUCUGUGGCACCCUAUCAUGACUGUAAGAGCACGUGUGUGUGCGUGCCUUUUUUGUGAGAAUGUUUCUAUCUUUCUGUCUGUUUCAGGCAUGCAGUGAAUCAGCCACUGUCCUGCAGACUGUUCAUGUGUAUGUGUGUGUGUCUGCUUUGUGUAUAGUCCAGCUCAUGUCAUGCUGCGAUUUCUCUCCGUCUUCUAUUGUUUGUUUUCUCUUAGCCACUUUCUUUUCCUUUAACUCUGCUUUCUUUCCUUCUGCAGUGCAUCAUUUCAGACGGUUUUACUCCUCUUCUUUAUUCUCUUCUUCCUUAUAUCUCUCUCUUUUUUGUCUGCAUGCAUGCAGUGUUUGCUCAAAGCUGAAGUCGAUAGGUUUUACCCCGUAUCAUCAGACAUUUUCUCCUGUUUACAUCUGCAUUGCAACAGUAUUAUUGAUUCUUCUCAUAUCUAAAGCAAGAGGCUUUAAUGUAGACUCCAGAGAAGCAAUUUAACACCCACUGUGAAUGCUUUUUGUAUUGAUUAUUUGAAGCAGAGUGCUGUGUUUACAGAGGCCAUUAAGGAUUAAAGGCUUAUUCUUCUUUUAUAUUCAUAAUAUAUAGAUAAAUUCAUAAUGUAUGUAAUGCAACAGCUGUCUAACACCAGCUGUCCAAAACCUUAAAGAUAUUCACUUUAAAAUGACACGAAGAAAACGAUCAAAUGUAUAACAUUAAAAUAGGGGUGGGCAAUAUGGAAGUUUACUGUUAAGACUUUUUAGAAGUCACCGACAAUUACAGUAAUAUCAACAGCCAAAGUGCCUUUUUAAGUAGAUUUGCAAUGUGAAAUUUGGCCUCAAGUCUAAUCAGUAUUAAACGUGAAUUUUGACGUCGAGAAGUACACUUAGUCACAGAGAGUUUAGCUCAGCUCAGAAGUUAAAGCUCCUGUAAGGAACUUUCUCUUUGUAGUAAUUUUGGCACCUCUAAAAUAAGCAAAGCAGUCUUCGUUUAUCAUGUCCUCUACAUGCUGUGACAAUCUCAUUCUUUUAACUCCUGACAGCCAUAUUACAGUCGUAACUAUAGAAACAUUAUACGUUUCUUCAGCUGCUGGGCUGACAUCUACCCCCUGGCAUUAGUUUCAGGCAUUAAAGUUGCCAUGUGAAAAUAAUCAGUUGUAUCACUUUUUGUUUAGUUAGCAUUUUUUAAAAUUUAUCCAAAAAGCAUAAAUAUAAAUUUCAGUUGAUUUCAUAAAAGCUUAAACUGGUUUGAAAGAGUUCCUGAAUGUGACUUUGUCUUUGCCUUUACCGUCUUUGCAGAGUGCUGCGUGCUUAAUCUGACAUGAUGGGAGACAGAAUGUGCUGCUCCUCAAAUAAACUGAUACACAGCUUUAUACAAAACACCAGCAGCUCAUGGGAAAGCUUUUGAAAUGCAGUCGUUGGAGUUUUAUACUCGGUAUGCACAGCUGAUAGGCUGUUUGGCCAGCAGUUUGAGUGCUUUGUCUGUGCAUGUCAACUAUAUGAGUAUGUGUCUAUGUUUGAGGAUGGAUUUCUCUUGUUUUGAAGAUGGUGGGCAUGUCCUAAUCUUUGAUGAUCCUUUUACACGUGUUAACGCUUGAAAAACGACCCAUGACAUUAAUUGGUGAUCAAAGUAGUGCUGAUUUAUGUUCUGUUGAGCCAGUGGACUCAGUUUGACCCUCGACAAGAGAUCUGAAGCUGAUUGAAAAUAAUUGAGAAAUAUCACUCUUUCUUUUCGUCUGAAUGCUUAAUGAACAAAGAGUUCCAGCAGCUCCAAUCAGCUGUAUUUAUCUUCCGCUUUUCAAGCCGUAGCUGUCACGACUUUUAAAACCUGAUCUCCACACGCAGCUUUGUGCGUGACCGUUGUAGUGUGAUAACCCAGGGGUGUUGAGAGGGUAUGUUCUUUGGAUCCUGCUCAUUCCUAUUCACCUGCUUGCUGUCUGUUUGUAUAUCUAUCAGUGAACUCCACAUCAGCGAGAGUGCUGUAAGGGACGGCGAUAUGAAUCAGGGCUUUCACCAAGCCCCCGCGCCUCCCCGGGUGGAAUUUCAGCCUGCAGGUCAGUGCUGCUGGUGUAAUUUGACUUUUGGAGCGCAGCCAGUUUGCAGUAUGAGGAAUACACACACUCUGAGUUCAAAACGCACCUGUCAUCUGUCGUAUGCCCUCUUUGUAGCUUUGAACUGAAUUACGAGGGCUGCAGGGCUGUAAAUGCAGGAACUGUGUCAAAUUUUCAUUAAGGCAGCAGAGGUACAGCAUAGUCUGUGUCUCUUAAUUCCAGAGCUGCAUGCUUUGGUAAGGCUGAUAAAUACAUGGCUGUGCUGAAAAACUCGAGUUUUACAGCUUUAUUUUGGAAAGAUUCACUAAACCAGAACCAUUUUGUUUCCUUAAGUCAACACAUUUUAGCCCCAGAAUCUUAAGAAUGUCCUUCAACAGUGCAAAAAUGAAUGCAACAUGCAUGUAUUAUACAUAACACAGUUGGAAUAUGCAUCUCACACCCAAUUAAAUGCCAAAGACGAAGUGUCAUUGAGGGUUUUAUAAGGUGUGGAGUCGUGUAAAAGUGAACGUGCAACCUAUUUGCUCGUAAAAAGCUGCACACGCCAUCGCUCUUCACUUUUGGCAAACCCUUUUUUCAGAUUUGAGGAUUUUUCCACCGUUUAACUGCCUUUUUAAAAGGAGUAAACACGUGUUCUGCGGUUUAAAGGAGCAAUCACAAGUUCAUAGCUGGAAUGAAAAAGCGCAUAAAAAAGCGUCUUGUUUGGAAAAGAAAGUUUCCAGAGAUGCACUUUCUGCUCGUGAGCCCGUUUGAAAACGUACUUCAAACUCUUGGAGGAGGCUCGUCUUUCCUUUAAAAGCAGCAAACCAUUUCGCGACUCCCAAACAUCAGUCCCUAUUUUAAUACAGCACAUGAUCAGUCGCAGAUUAAAGCCUCUGCAACAUGUUGGCAAGCUUUCCCAGCUGACCUUUUUUUAUUUUGGGAUUUCCAGGCACUGCAAGUAUCAGUCAAUAAGUUCUCACAUUAGGAUCUUGUCAAAGAUUUGGGCAGCUUUCAGUUUGUGCCGGAGAGCCGCUCUGUUUUUACGAGCCUCUCAAUCUGUCAUGUAUGUGUUUGUGAGCACAAAGCUGGUCUGUCAAGCACAGGAGUUACAUCAGCUUUCAAUCGUCAUAAUUCAUGUUGUUAUAUUGACUCAACGCCUUUCAGAGCUGAGUGUUUUUUUAUGAGGCAGGGAGAGUUCCUGUUGGCAAACUCUGACAAAAGCUUGGAGCUGUUGUCAAAAUGAAAUGGGAGACUUUGAGGAUUUAUGGAGUCGAGAAAUGAGAAAGUGUCGGGGUCCACGAAAAGAAGGGGAUGGUUUCUUGUUUGAUGUUUCGACAGAUUGAACAUCGAGAACACUUUUAGGAAUGAAAGAAAUGAGUCAUGUUAAGAACAGACUUACACACCCCGAGAUAGGAACGUCUGGAACAAGUGCGCAGGGUAAAUACACAGAAAUGACUCAUAACGAAGUCAUAAAUAGUCCCAUUCGUCAGUGCUAAAAUAACUCCAAAUUGCAUGUGGAAUAAACUAUUUUAGGUUUACUUUGACUCAGUUAUCAGACCUGAAAUGGGGAUAAAAAUAAAGGUAUGAUCUGUGAUGGGUCUUUUCUUUCUUGUCAUUAAAGCUCCUGUUAAGAGUUUUGGGCUGGUAAUGAAGAAGAUUAGAAAUUAAAUGACCUAAAGAAGCAAAUGAGACCAUGAAAACAAGAUUGGCAGUGUCUAUACUUGUGAGAGGGUAGGUGUCAGAGGAAACGUUGACUAAACAGCCUUUUAAAAAAUGUCUGUUUUUAGAGGGGCCGCCAAAAGUGACACAAACGGGAGGAAGUUUCUAGAUCUCUAUGACGACUCUUAUCUUCUUCGUGGCUUCGUAUGUUCUGAUUUCUGCUACACUUGCCUGCCUAUCCCAUCUGGACAAACCCAGCUUUCUUAACCCAGCACAAAGUCCAUCAUUUACCUCAGAAAAUCAUCUCUCAGCGGUCUCCUAUACCGUCUUGGACUCAUUUCUGCUUCUGUAUUUGUAAAGUCGUGUUCUUUUAACCAAAAUGACCGUAAAACUUUGUUAUAAAUCACGUCUGAAGGGAAAAACUUGACUGUUAAGUAGUUCAACAUGUGGAGUGAAACAUAUGUAAAGAGCGUUUCUGUGCAUGGCUCGUCUCUGCAAAUCACAUCCAAAACAAUUUCCCCUCUGACGCCACUUUGAGAAAACGUGCAGCACAUUUCGUUCUUGAAUCACUGGUACGUUUCUUGUUUGUUUUUCAUAAUUCUCCUAUAGGGGGGGAAUGAACUCUAAAGCCAUUAAGACUUUUCUGCCGGCCUGUGUGCUGCUGUUAUCUGACGGCAGCCUGAUACGGAUCACAGUAAACCCCAGGUGCUUAUCUGGAGAGAAGAAACAGCUGUGCGUCCGUGGGAACUGUCUGUCUCUAAUGAUCGGCCUCUGAGUACGUCAUGCAUGCAGAAUCUGAAAGUUCACCGUCAAGGUUUUCAGCCUGACAUGCUGCUACUCCUACAUGGUGGAUUCCUUCUCUUUUAUUUCUUGGGUGGUAACGUCUGCCCGUCAUGAGCGAUAAAUCACACCUGGAAGCUCAUAAACUCAUUUUCCUGUUAAAUAGAUGUGACACUAAAAGCACGCUUCAGCAGAGAGAUUUACUGUCAUUCUUUUCUCACUGUGUCAUAUCUCUGUUAUCCCACUAGAUGGCGGUGUUGGCACACAAAUCCCCCUGCCUGUUGAACGGUUGUUUAUAUAACUGUGACGUGUUUAGAGUAUAAGUGACCUAAAAUGUGCCUUCCAGCAAAGUGGAAAUGUCCUUCCUGCACGCAAUGUUUCAAUCCCAAACAAAUGAGAGGAUCAGUUGGAGAUGGACGUGUGUGUGUGUGUGUGUGUGUGUGUCCUCUCAUCAGCGUUUUCUGGCUGCAGAGCAUCCCAGUGGGACAGUCAUUGACAUUAGAUUUCCUUUCAGUGGGUUUGUGACACAGCAGGUGGGCUUAUUUUUAGGGAUGGAGUUAGUGUCAGUCCGUCUGAAUGACCGAUAAAUGAGUCAGACUGUCUGCAUAGUGUGGAGGACACUUUGUUGACACUGCUGAAGAGAAGAGAAGAGAAGAGAAGAUAAGGCUUCAAGGAGGAAGAGGACAUGAUAAAUAAUGGGCAACUUGCGAAAAAUACAAAAAAAAGCCUUUACAUUUUGAUUUUGAAUGCAGCUUCAUAGUUGAUUUUAGAAGUGACGGGAGUAUUCCACACUCAAAUUACCAGCUCAUAUUGCAAAUAUGGUUUAACCUUUUUUUUGUUUGGGCCUUAAAAAGUUUCUAAAAGUCUAAAAAUUUGAUUUUUAUUGUGAUUGUUUUAUUUCUUUCUAAUCUCUGUUACUCAUCAAAGGUUUGACAGUAUGGCUCUCUUCCUGUUCCAUUAAGGGUCCUUUCAUAGGUAUAAAUGCUUGACCAGUGUGGAUUUUCCAGCAGCUGAUACCGUUAUUUCAGAAGUACAGGGAAUCUGCCGGUGUACAAGGUUCGUCAAUGAUUUUGCAAAUCAGUCAAGACUGCAGAACGACAGUGUCAGCAGCCAGCUGCACAUAAACCUGAAAACAGUAAGAGAAAGUUCACGUUUAGCACAAGAAGUCGGAUCUCAAUCGCUGCAUAAACAGAAGGAGCGUACAGUUGAACCUUUCUCUUAAUGAUUAACGGCUGCAGAGUUCCUACGUACUCAAAAAUACGAGAUUAUCUGCAAGUUUGCUCAUUGAUUGUGGUUUGGAAUCUCAUAUGUAUGUAUAAAUAUGGGAAAAUUACUCUCAGAUUAAUGCAAAAAACACUUGUGGAUCAUAUUGUGCAGGUCUGGUGUGUGCACAAGAAUUGAGAUCACACUGUUGAUCAGAAAAGAUUAAUUCUAUGUUUUAUUUGAUGCGUAUUCUUAUUUAAAAAUGAAAAUCAUCUCUGCAUAUAGAUGGUCUGAGUCCUUUAAUUUAUGCGUCUAAUGCUCAGGCACCAUCAUGUUUUUGUCCCCGUGCAGCUAAAACUCAAGAGGCACUGCUGUCAUUCCUCAUGAUGUGCUCUUAAUGCAUCCAGAUCACAUCAUCCCGCUCUGAGAGAUUCAGUUUGAGGCAGUAUGGACAGAGUGGAGGAUGGGGAGGGGGCUCAAAAGGGGGUGCUGCUGCAGAGCCAGAGCAGACAAGUGGGUGUCACGUUUGCUCGCCUUGUGCCUCCACGCCGAGCUGCAGAUUCUUGAAGAGAGUAGCGGGCCGCAGAGGGUGCAGUAUGUGUCCAUGCAUGUUUGUCGGCUCGCAUGCUUAUGAGUCCCCCCCUCCGUCAGGGUGGUGUGUACAUGUGUGUUAAGCACGAGGGAAGUUAUUCUCCUUGCAGGCAGAAGGAAAGCAUGAGCAGAGGAGGAGAGGACACAUUUCUGGUUCUGACUGGUCGCGUCACAAACGCUCCCCUGGCACCUGCACUUUUAUUUUCUUUCUCCCCGCCAUCUCCUUCUUAUACAACCUCACCCUCCGGCUUUUCUCACAGAGGUGAAGUCAGUGCGCUACACAGGAGAGGGAUUUGAUACUUCAGAUCUUUUCAUUGAGUAUUUAUUGCCAGAACACCUCAAAGAGUCCCGCUGAGAUCACUGUGGGAGCUGAAUAUACUGCCGAGUAUUUUCUGCUCACUGUAAAUGUUUCCUGAGAAUGAAACGACGCGAGGCACCAGAGAGCGGUACUUGGAUUUCAUUACCACAUGCCUGCUUUCUUAGGUGCUUCAAGUCCAUCAAACUCUCCUUACACCUCCUAAUAUGUUAAAUCAUAGAGAAAGAUACAUGUCCGUUCAAUACAUUUGCUUCUUAUCCAUGUCGACUAACACAACCCGAGGACUACCUCAGACAACUAUUAAAGGAAAAUGACACAGUCUGUAUCCACACAUCUGUUAUUAAUGGAAAGGGUGCAACAUUUUGGAUUUUACCAAUAUCUCUAAUGUAUUAGUUUUAAACUCAUAUUGAUAUCAAAACCAAUCUGUUUUUAAUCCUGAGCAUUUAAGCAACUGUCUGUAGUUAACUCACAAUUAUUCGCAAAUUAAUCGCAUAUCUUAUAUCCUUUGUACAUGUAGCUUAAAGCCCAAGUAAGUGUUUUUUUUAAUGUUUAUGAAAUCAACUGAAAUUCUCUGAUUAAAAUAGGAGUCUAUUUUUUUCUUCUCUUGAGGGGCAUUUCUAGACCUCUCCAUGAAGUUCCCACUUUGAAUGGUCCAGUUGUUGUAAAUGAAUUAAGAUAAAAUUAAGUAGUUUGCAUCCAAAGUAAAAGACACUAAGAGGGAAAAAAAGUAAACACACAUCAGAAAAUGAUUUUUAAAAGUUGUAAAUGCUGCAUAAAAAUGUACAAAAUGGAGGAUAUCAAAAGGUCAGGCUUCCCUUUGUUUUAAUUCACCUGUGCCACAUGUGGCUGCAGCUCAUCGAACCUGUUCAAACCAACUUUUUACUGGAGCAUCAGAAGCAGGUGGGAUUGCACUAAAUCAAUGCUUGUCACGUAUUUCUGCAGAUAAAUUGUUGAUUUGUGUUUCCAUCUGAUCUGUUUGGUAGACUCCCUUUCUCAGUGUUUCAUUUUGUCUGUUUUUGGAAGACUUUAAGGGUAAAAAGUGGAGCUAAUCCUCCGUAACGUGACCACUCCACUACCUGUCUCAGAGAAACUGUAAUCCCCCCCCGAAUGUGACACUUCCCAGCAAACAGCCGUGAAAAUCACAUAAUUCUGCGUGAAGCCAGAUGUGUUGGUUUAGUGUCACGGCCUCGACCCGUCCUGCCGUUUAAACACACUCGGGUCGCUGCGUGGGGUCCGCACACCGCAGAGACCCUCUAGCAAAGUUUCUCAGCCGCCGCAGAGAAGAUCCCUCGCUGUAAACACUCUAACAGCAAGCGCGUCCCCAUGUGACCAGAGGUUGUCAACACAACUUCCUGUGACGCUUUCAUGUUGCGGAAUUGUGUAACGUUGGAUUGUAUAACGUUGUUUUGGAUUAAAGUUGCAGAAAGGGGGUUUAGAGUCCCAAUUUGUUUGUUUGAUAUGUGUCACAAGGGGGCGGAAAUGAUUUAUGUGGGUGGGCACAAAUGCUUUUACGACUGCAAAUAGAUUUUAAAGAAGCAUUUCAGGGUUUCUGACAGAAGUUGGAGCAGAAGGAGAUGAGAUCUAUGAUGUAGUUUUUACCAGAUUGAGGGAGAUCCUCUUAAUCUCUGGUGUUUAAGGCAAAUGGAGCAUGCUGCCUUUGCAUUUAUUGCACCUUUGUUCGUUCUUUUGAAGAAAACUGUGAAAUAGUUCCUAAAUUUAGCUGCUAAAUUGCAGGAGGAAGUUAUUUUCUCCUUAAUUGUUUUGACAGUAAAUCACAUCUGCAUAAUAGCUUCUCUUGUGGCAGUCAGAUAAUGAAACAGAUUAAAUCUACCACUUAUUCUUCUACAUUUUAUUCAGUGUUCUGUGUAGCAUAAUAGUGCAAACAAACAAAAGAAACCCAACUAUGGAAACAGUUAUCAAUAUCAUUCAGUAGUUUUCUAGUCAUGUAUCAAUGUGUGAUAUUCUUGUCAUGAUCAUGGGCGUUGUUCCUUUUAUUGAAGCAUAUCUUCAUACCCCGAAUUCCAGUUUCCAGUUUUUAAUCUUCUCAUACAUGUACCUGCUGAAUGUUGAUUCCUUCUCCUGUUAUUUUUACCCCUGUUCAAAAUGUGCCCAGUGAACAUGGAAUGUGUCAGGGCGCUGAAAGUCAAUCCCUCGUCCAUCAGCAAAACAAGACCUGUCUGCCCGUCUGCGAUGUCACUGAGCCUGUCGAGAUGUUGCCGCUCGGGCCUCCUUCCAUCCCCGUCUCCCUCCUCUUGCUCCUCCGUGGCCCAUAUGGCAGAGGAGGCUGGUUAUGUAAGGCGUUGCGUGCGUGGUGGAGACCGAUUCACUUACGCAUCGGUGAGCCGCUGCCCCGGAGCGCUGUGAUGCCAUGAGAGCUGAGUUUUGGGGCGUUGGUGCUCUUUGUUUUGUUUGUGCUUAGAUGGAGAUUAUCCCCCUCUUUGCAAACGAGGUGACUGUUUUAUUUUAUUGCUGCCUCCGUGCAGCAGUUAAAGCUUGUAAAUCGUGAGAAUGAUUAGAUGCUUCAGGUGCAAAUUUCAUCACAUAACUAUCAGUCCCCUUGUAAAUUCUUUCCUUUAUUUUACUUUGGCUCUCAAUUUCUAUAUCUGGCUGAUAAUCACUUUCUCUGCAGAAGUGAGGUGUCUCUUUGAGCGUGUGCAGCCGGGGUUGAUCUUGCUGUCGGUCUUGGUUCUCCUCCAUGCAAAUGCCAGUUCAAAGCCCUCAGAACCGGAUUCCGCCAGUUUGCAAACAUAGCCACACUCACACACACACACACACACACAAACACCCGUUGAAUCGCUGCACACAAACGGGGCGCACAGACCCGCGCAGACACACGAAAGCUCAUGCCUCCCAACUGCUUCAGGACAAGUGAUGCAGAAAGGAGGAGGCUGGGCGAAUCACAGAGCAGCACACAAAUGAGUAAAAAAUAACAGGGAUGGGAGCCAAUAAUUCUCUAUCUGGCGUGAUGUAAUGCAGUUUUUGUGCGUUAUUUUGCCUUCAGAUGAGCUGGAAUCUCUUCCCCUGCUGCCGAUUUUCCUGAAAUGCACAGUUGUAGCAGAGUUGGAUCCGUCUCAGGACCACACACUGCAGCCCGAGGGUCUGAAUGGCUCCCUGAACUGAGCCCAGCUCUGGCCUAACUCAAACCGCACAAUAAAGUGAGGCGGAAGCGUUACUUACACUCAGCUGGAUGCUUUUGUUAAGGGGAUGAAAGAAGGCUUGUGCUUGAGGAGGGAUGCCUUCAAGUGUAUGUACAGCAAGACGGCCUUUAGCUCGAUUUGUCUUUAAGAUAUCACCGCCUCUGCUUGGUGCCUCAACACCUUUUUAGAUUGUUUUAUGAAAGCUAAAAGAUGCUUUAUUUGAUGCAUGCAACAGUUCCACCUUCCUCUGUUUACAUGCUCCAUGCAAAAGAUUGAAUAUAUGUCCUAAAAAGUGCAAAAUAUGUCUUCUUUUCGACCCAGUUCUCAAGCUCAGAGCCCCUGUCACUCUGUCAUAUGUAGCUCCCUCUCUCUGCUUUUGCAGUGAAACUUUAUAUUUUUAACUGCGUGGGCAACGCGAGCACCAUCUGCUCCCUGCCUUUUAUUCCUGCACACAUCCGCCGCUUAUGUAAGCAGCGCAGGGUGUGGCGAGGAUGUGCACGAAUACCUGUCAUUUUUUGGUCCAAAUUGCAUCAGGAAAACUCAAUUUUGAAUAAAGCGGAAGAUGGAGUCGCUCCUUGGGUUACGAUGCAAAAUUAGCUCCACCUGUUAAUUGUUUUAUAUAAAGUUUGCCAUGCACAGAGCGCAUUACUUAGCUCAUGGCUUUCUGGAACAUCAACAAAUUGCUCUAGCCAAUCAGGAAGGUUUUAAUUCAACAUCAGAUCAAACUUUAACCUCUUUACCGUGGCACCAAAUACAUUAAGCUGUGCUAUUGUGGUGAGGUAAUAUAUGGGUCAGCUCUUCACAUGCAACAUACACAGGCUUAGGACCGACCAGGAUACAUAAUGAAUGAAAGCAUCUCAUCUGUGAUGUCACGACACCAAGGCCGCUCGCCACUGGCUGGAAGGAACCCGCAGUGCCGUCAGCGAUUGGCUGAAAGUAAAGCUGUCUCCAAGUCAAUGAACGAGUUUCUAGCCUUUUGUUCCAGGCGGGCAUGCGCACUUUGACCCCAAGCCUGAAAGUACACAAUGUACAGAUAAACAGGACAGGAAGUUCUGUAUGUACACGGUAAACAAAUCCCAGAAAUGUUCAUCGGCGCCAAUCAAAAACGGUUCCUCGAGUCGUGAGCGGACGCGGGAGCAGUUUUAGAGUCGUGUUUCUCCGCUCUUAUUUUCUGGCGUCGACGAUUUUCGUGGAUUAGUGACACAUACAUUACAGGCAAGAAAGGAAGACGUGACCUUCCCCUAAUGAGGUUAACAAUUUCCCUGCAUGCACCAAGUUGAAACGCCCCAACAAAUUUUCUUUGCACACCUCUCGCCCGCCAUUUUGUGAUCCACAAAAGUGCGCCACAGCUUCAACAACAACCCUAUUCGCACUAAAAAUUCCAUAAUUCAUUAUUUCAUGUACUUCUGCAUCCCAGCGUUGGUGCUUUGAGUGUUUUUAGCGCCACAUGGGCAGUGCAGCAGUGUUGUUUUGAUCGUCUUUAUUCAGGGCUGUGAUGGGAGCCCUGUGCUAGCAUGGCGGUACACGUGAGCCGCGCUCCACUGGAGAGCCAUGCUGGGAUCGUGUGCAUGCCCAGUGUGCAUCUGCUGAUCAGGGGUGACAGGUCGGAUAAAGGCAUGCACGGGUCAACAUUCACAUUUUCCUCAAGAAAACGAAGAGACGAGCGUUUCUUUUGGAAUCUGCAGACUUUCACUUUGUAUUGAUAUAGAUUCGUGUACCGUUUCUCCUGCAUCCACCAUCAGCGUCAAAAGACGGGGGCGGAUGAGGAGCAGGAAGGGAGUGGCCUGUGGGCGCGCUAACGAGGGUGUGUGGUCAAAAGUAGCUCAUCCUAUUGGACGGAUCACCAUAAUCCCAGCUGACAGUUUAUAUAACAAACAGAAAGGGAGGUGACAUGACUCCUCAUGCGGUGACAUCACAACCCACCCUCCUGUCUCCCCCUCGCCGUGCGCCCAAUCACUCGAGAGCCUAUAUGCGAUUCCGGCUCAGAAAGGGGGGCAAUCAGAAGGACUUAGCACACUAACGCGCCCCCGUUCUGCGCCCUUACCCGUCCUACACGGCUCCAUCCUGUUGUCUUUUGUUGGCCAAGCUCCCCUGAUGUGAAGCUCCCAUCUUUGAGGGGAGCAGGGGGUCAGGACCAAAGGGCGCAGGUCAGGCGGGACAGAACGGAGGAGGUGCAGUUUUGGAAGUGGCAUUGGGGUUCGUUUUGGGGUGUUUUAGGUGGGGUUGUGAGUGUGUGGUAAAGGGUCUUGUGGGCCCUGAGUUUUUUUUUUUUACUUUACUUUUUUUUAAAAGCGGAGUGUGUUUUAGCCUGACAGCAUCAAUGAGAGAGAAGGGGCUGGCCGGGGCAGGAGGAGCGCAGGGCAGGGACGCCAUGGCGGUAAAGCUGCUCUUCUGGGAGCUGGAGAAGCAUCUGAAGAGGUAACGAUGAUGGCUGUAGUGUUGUCGUGUUGUCAGGGGGGGAUCGGCGGUGUCGUGGUAUGGCGUAGCGUGGCGAAGGUCAAGUCCGCCAAAAGAAAGCAGCCUCCGGGGGUGAAAGAAGGCGGACGCCAACGCAGAGUGUGUGUCCAUAUCUUUGUGUGAUUGUUAUUGUGGUGUAUGUAUCUGAUUGAGUGUUAUCUGUGUGUAAUUGAGGAGUGGGACAGUUGAAGUUUUCCGAAAAUACCUCAAACACCUCUACCUGCAUCACCUAAGCAUGUUCAAAGUCUCGCUCAGCCCCCCUCAAGGGCUAUAAGUGUGUUUGAGAACACAAUGUUCCGGCUCCUGCACACGCAUGUUCGAUUCCCUCUGAGUGUGUGUGAAUUUAAAGAGUGUUUGGCUCAUGUUCACUCACUGAAAUGCUAUCCUGACUACAUCCAAUCCAAGAUUAGACUCUUUUUUUUAUCUCUUUUGCCACUGGUUCAGUUUUUUCCAACUUCAGAGGAAAGCAUCAUGGCCCACUUCCCUAGAUGAACCAUAAGUGCCUCUUUUAGCUCCAGUUUCCCAAGCCCCACACUCUGCAACAUGGAUCUACAUAUGUUUUGCACCCAGGUCCAGUUUGAGUGUUAUAUAUUUGUCUCUUUUUGCAUAAGCACAUAGGGUUCCUACAGCUGUGCGUACAUGUCACGCUGCUUCUUGAAAACCCCAAAAAAGGAGAAGUCGCAGCAAACAUUGUUUUCCAGUUCUCUAAAAUCGCCCAAUCCCUGCCUGGUGUCCCUUUACUCUGCAGCCGAAGUCACGAUGACGCUGCGGUCGAAGUUAAAUACAAAUACAAGUCCGUAUAUUCUCCUUCAACAUGCACCCACUUCCUUAACAUGCUACUACUCCUGUUCAUGUUCCAGCCAGAGACAAAUUUAACACAAUAAGGUGCUUACACUCGCACAAGUGCCUGAAAAGAGCUUUAAGCUUUAGGCUUAACAUGUGUCCAGUCAGCUUCCAAGAAAGGUGUUGUGAAUGAGCAGCAGUUGAACCACACCUGUCGUAGUUUCUCUUUUUAUCUUUACCACCGUUAUAGGAACUAAAUGUACUUCCCUUUCUGCGCUGUUUGCCCUAACUGUUUUCCAAAUGUGAUAACACAAUCCACACUUCUACAGCUCGAGUCCCCACAUCAGUUCAUCAGUGACCAAGGUGAAAUAUUGAUUCAAUCAGCAGAGUCAUUUACAACCCGAGAGGGAGUCACAAAGAAUUGGAAAGGUCCUGUUUAAUAAUUGAAGUGUCCUUGUUGGGGUCAAGGACGGACAAAUUACCUUAAAAACGCCACUUUUUUAUGUCAGAUCAACAGUUCCCAGCAAAAAGACGUCAACUUCACCACCACAGAAGAAGAAAUCCAACAGUUCUGGUUGUUUUCAGCCACAACAUCCUGUCUCAUCUAUCCUUGUUAACACUGACACUCAAUCGUAAGCCUUCAGUGCCGAGGGGAUUUGUCAAUCAUUAAUAAGUUGAGUGAUAGAAAAUCUGUCAGGUAUUGAUUAUCAAUAACGUAUUUCACUAACUGGAAAGUCUCAGUUUGCAAGCUCUCAGUUUUCUGCAUUUGGGUUUGAAAUAAGGCAUGUACAAGGUGUAAUUCUUACAGUACAAGUACAGUUUAUUCAAUUAACCGUACAGUACCAGUGCACCUCAAAAAAGGGAAAAACAAACAAACACAAAGAGUUCAAUCAAAGCAUCUUUAUAUAUAAGAAUAUUUCAGGUUACUUUAACUAGUAUAAGUAAGUAUACACAAAAAAAGAGAACCUUUUUACAAAAUGUAGAUUUUUUUCGUUGAACUAGCAUAUUCCCGUAACAAAUUUAUGACUUACCUAAAAUUUGGCAGGUUGUCAUUUGAUUAUGUUCCUUAAAUUUUAUCUCACUUUUUGUCGCCUGCGAAAAAAAAUAAAUAGAUUAAAAAAAACACAAUAGGAGUAAAUUGUUUUAAUUAUUUAUCUGGUUAUGUAAGCACACGUUUAAGAACACGAAGUAUAACAGGGUAACAUUAGAAAACAUGACAAAUGACCUGCAAAUUAAAUUGUUUAUUUUGUUUUGUGAAUUUUUUUUUUACCAUAAUCACCAAAACAAAUGUUUAAAAAUGUGUGUAACAUUUUACUUGACCUAUCUGACUCAAAGCAGCCAUGACCCCAAACAUCUAUGAGCCAAAGGGUGCAAUCAUACAUAUAAGACAAUACAGUGAUAACAAGCAAUCAUGUAGGCUAAUCUUUAUUGUAUGAAGUGUCAGGAAAUCAUUCAGAGGUGUCGUCAAGUGUCUUUUUUUCUCCAACAAUAUUCCACUUUAAGCAUUUUACACUUUCAAAAGCUGCUUAUCUUCACAUUAAAGUGGCCAAAAUCAGCAAAUAUUAGGUUUUAAUAAGAUUUUAAUUAACUAAAGUGCUUCUUUUCACUUUUCCGCUGAUCGUUCCUCUGCUCAAGCUGCGUCCAGACUUCACGCAUCCCAGAAAAGCAAAAAAAAAAAAACCUCCCAGAAGAUUUUUGAGUGUUAGGGAUGAGAGGGGUGGUCCUGUUCUCACUGUAAGGAACAAAGUGUUCUUCCCAGUCAGUCAAAGUGGUCUAAAGAGGAGGACAAAGGAGCUCAGCUUCCACCGUUUCUGCCAUCUGAUCCCAAUCUACUCCACAAACACCUCUACUUUUACACCUUCUCCAUAAAUGAUUAUUUACUCCUAUGUGUGACAGCUGCUCGGUGCUGAGGUCAGCUGUACUGCGGGGUCACUUAGUGGGCAAUUGAUUAUGUUUACUCAAAUUACACUGAGCACUGUUUAGUGUGUGUGACCUCUGAAACUGUUUGCUUCAACCGAUAGGGGACGACAUCGUAACACAUAAGAGUUAGUAAGUUUCCCAUCACCUGCAGUCAAUAAGGAAAGAGAAAGUGGCGCUUUAAAAGUUAAAAUAGGUCGGUAAAGAGUGUAAAACUUGAAUUAAGUGGGGUUAGGAGUUGUUUUAUGUCGAACAAAGUCCGCUCUGUUGCGCUAUUUGUGUUAGAGUCGUGGUUUUAUAGCGGACUGUGCAGCAGGUACAGAGAUGCGGUAUGAAUUAUUCCCACUGGCGCCCCGUCCUCCAAUCAGCGAGCUCGCUGCGUCAUCCUCCUUGCAUACAUUAUGCUAAUGAGCCCCACUCUCCUCCAAUCACACCGCUCUUGGCUCCGUUCCCUGCAUGAAUUAUCCAGCCUGGGAGCCGCGGUCUGCGGAGCUGCAGCCCGCCGCUUCACUCCAUUGUGUGCUCCCGUCCCGGCUGCGAGCUUUGCGGUGGGCUCCCGGAGAGCAGACCCAGCGCCCUGACGCACAAUAAUGCGCUGUUUUUUAUACUUUUAUACCGCUGGACUUCCAGUUUUUACCGCGGAAAAGGGGUUUUUGAUGGACGGGGUAGCAUGAAUUCCCAGUGUUACACAGUGGCGAUGGAUCUUGGUGUUUGUCAGCUGAGGAAUUUCUCGAUAUCGUUUCUGUCCUCUGUGCUCGGGAAGGAGAGCGCAGCAGUGCGGCUUGACAAUAGGUAAUGAGGAUUCAUGUGGGUUUUUUUGUGUAAAAUGUACCGUUUCUAUAGAGAGAGGGACGGUGCCUGAAAUGCUGCCUCAUUGAUUCUCCGCCAUCAGAGUCAAAGCUUUAAACGCGACCUCCAUUUGCUUUGUUGCAGACCCUCUUGUGUCUUAAAUCAUCUUGUUUUUCUGAGAGCUUUACUGACACUGAAAUGAAACCUCAGCUCUCAACAGUCCUUUCAAUUCUCCAUCAAAUCCACCUGCUUCGAUCUCGCAAUACUGCAUCAUAUCGUUUGUUAUAGCUCCCUUUAUCUUUGUGUCUUUCAGCUCUUCUGGUGCAAGUGUGGUGGCCAUUGACAACAAGAUUGAGCAAGCAAUGGUAAGCUUUUUUUUUUCCCAAAAUGAUGCAUUAUGUCUCUACAGUGUUUGUAAAUAGGCUGUCUCAUGCUCUACAUCUACUGUAUGAGCUGCCUGUGGUGUUAUGUAACCAAAAGCACAGACUCCUACUGCUGCAUCACCUCCUUUAUGCCUCUUUUAUGGCAUGUGAUGGCGAGAUUUGCAUCCUAGUUUACAGAGAGACUUAAAUAAAUGUUAUUGAGCAAUGAAUGGGGAGCACGAUGGAGCGUUUCUAGUCUUUCUUUUUUGGAUAGAAGCCUCACACGUGCAGUAAACAUCUGUAUUUCCACAUUUCUGCACCUGCUGGUGUUUGAAUCAGAGCAACAGGAGUCCCCGGACAGAUGACCUCCAGUUUGUUGCAACUUGGUGUGGGCCAGGCUUCAGGUUCACACGCUAUCCCCUCUCCCUCUCUCUCUCUUCUUCAUGCAUAUACAUAGUCUCUCCCUCUCCCCGUCUCUCUCCUCCCUGUCCUGUGUUGCUAGGCAAGCAGCAGCCUCCCCGUGGCUUGGUAUAAAUAACUCGCCCGGUGAUUGGCUCCUCCCACUCCGGUGCAGGAACAUUUUGUUCCCUCGCUUGCGUACCGGGGCAGGGAGGAGGAGGAGGAGGUGGGGCGGGUCCACAGAGGAGGGGAUGCUCAGAUUAUUAAACUGCAAAUCCCACUUCAGUAGGCUGGCACAGGACAGUAGUCAGGCAGCAAGGCGGCGUCAGGGGAAUGCACUUUGAGGCAGUUUCUCUGGUUUGAAGACGUGUUAUUUUCCGGAGGAAUUUAUGUUGUGUUUCCAGGACGACAGCUGGCAUGUGCCGCGAAGUGAUUUACGAUGCAAAAUCAGCCUUGACAGUCUGCUGUGUCACACGUUUUUCACCCAAACAGCAUGUGUUAGUUGUUCACAUGUCCCAGACUCCAUUUCGUCUCACUUACAGUAUUUAAAAACACCGAAUAUUAUUUUUGUUGAGACGCCAAAAAACACCAAAAUGUUUGAACCAAUGAUGAAAACAGGAAAAAGGCACCUGAGGCGAGGUUAUGUCUGUGUGAUUCAGAGAGGAUUGAGGCUACAACUAUUAUCAUUCAUGGGUUAAUCUGGCCGUUUUUAUCCUCUUUAUGUGUCUUCAGCGUCAUUUGAAAGCUUUUGAUUCUGACCAAAACUUGCAGAUGUGAAACAGUGAACAGAAACAAAUCUUCACAGCUGAGGAACCGCAACUCGACAUAAAAUCAUUUAGAUUCGAAUAAUACAAAUACUGUGACUUUUCUUUCUUUUUGGUUGGAAUUCGGUCGAGUGAAUGCGGUGACUCUGAGGUUCAACUGCACAAACGUUACGAUGGAAACUUCACUGCACAACAAAAACAUUCAGAAAAAUUCAAAAGCUUUUUUCUCAAAAACAGAAACAUGCCACGGGAAUCAAAAAAGCCUUUUAUAGAAAGCCAAAAAUAUUCCAUAAAACACCAAAAAUAUUCAAUGAAAUGAAAAAAAUAGUCAAGAAACACCCAGUAAAUACAAGAAAAAUCUCACAAAACAUAAAAAUGCCUCACAAAAUCGCAAUUCACAAAUCAUAAAAUGCAGAAAUAUUUAAUGAAUACAAAGAUAUCUCACAAACCACACAGAUAUUAAAUGUAAAAACAUGCCACAAAUUGCCAAAACAUCUCACAAAACCCACAAAUAAUAAAAAACAAAACAAAAACAAAAGUAUUUCACAAAACAAAACAAUUUAAUAAAAUGCAAAAGUAUUUCAAGAAACAAAAAAAUUGAACAAAGGCAAAAAUUUUCCAUUCAACGCAAAUAAUAUCUUCACAGUGUGCUAAAAUAACUCAGGAAGUACCAAAUUACCUGAUAAUAUCUUUGUGAAUGUAUAAAAAACAAUCAACGGAACAGCAAAAUAUUCAAUAAAAUCAUAAAAGAUUUUAUGACACCAAAAAUUCUUUUGUUACCUGGAUGUUCUCACAAAACGUGAUUAUUUGACAUUCAAAAAUAUUUAAAGACACAAAAACAUUUUGCAUAAAUGAAAAAUAUCCUCCUGAAUGAAAAAUCAUCAGAUAAGAAGGAAAAAAAAAACAUCUCACAAAACCCACAAAAAAAGGUAUUUCACAAAAAACAACUAUUUAACAAAAUGCUAAAGUAUUUCAAGAAACAAAAACAUUGAAAAAAGGCAAAAAUAUUCAAUUAAAUGCAAAUAACAUCUUCACAGUGUGCUAAAAUAACUCAAGAAGUACAAAAAUAGCUGAAAAUAUCUACAUGAAUGCAUAAAAAACAAUCAACGGAAUUUUUUAUGAAGAUAUCAUGGGAGCAAAAAUUCUUUUGGAACCUGGGUGUUCUCACAAAACAUGAUUAUUUGACAUGCAAAAAUAUGUAAAGACACAAAAACAUUUCACAAAAAGGAAAAAUAUCCUCCUGAAUGCAAAAUCAUUAGAUAAGACGAGGGAAAAAAAUCACAAAAACAAAAGGAAUUCAAAAGAAAAAUUAUUCCUGCGUUUGUUAGAAAGUAUUUUGUAUUUAUUUUAAUGUUUUUGUUGCUAAAACAUGUUUGUGCUUUUGACCUCUAAGGCCUCCUUACUUUGGUGACGAUUGCACCUCCUUGAUUCAUUGAUAAGAGCUGAAUUAGAUUAAGUCAAAACCCCCUAAAUAACAAAUAGAAAAGUUGUAAAUAUUCAAAUUGAAAAGGUGAAGCCAGAAGAUGAAGAUGUUUGGAGUCGGAGCUUGAAAAAUGACCAAAAUGUUGGAAUAGUUCUCCAAAACAGCUGCAGAUUUAUCCCAUGUGAGGGUUCAUAAGCUGUGAGCCAAAUCUUGACCAUCUUUGUCUUUCUUUCCCCUCCUCCUCCAGGACCUGGUCAAGAGCCACCUCAUGUACGCCGUGCGUGAGGAGGUGGAGGUGCUGAAGGAGCAGAUCAAAGAGCUCAUUGAGCGCAACACCCAGCUGGAGCAGGAGAACAACCUGCUCAAGAACCUGGCCAGCCCCGAGCAGAUGGCUCAGUUCCAGGCGCAGGUCCAGACCGGCGGCUCCCCGACGGGCAACGCCCAGCCGCCGCUCCCGCCCCCGACCGGGACCAUGCAGACCCUCCCCUCCUCACAGAGCUCCGGCGCGUCUGCGUAACCCAGCAGCUGCACAGAGGAGACCGUCCUCCCUGAAGAGGAGACGAUGAAAGGAGUAAGAAGGAGGGCAAGAAGAAGAGGAGGAGGAGGAAGGAGUCUCGCCAUACUGUGAACCGACUCUUAAAAUCCAGACCGACUAUGCCACCGUCUUCAAGGAUCGCACACUUUAACUCAACCGGAUGACGAACUUUCUUUUGUUUUUUUGCACCUUUUUAUUUAACUGUCAGACUUUGGAGUUGCACCGGAGUGAGUGAGUGUGUGUGUCUGCCGCCGCUUUGUGUCCAAUUUUUAUUACCUGCUUCAGACAAUCGCCGACAAAGAUGCGCGGGUAAGGACAGAGCUGACACGAACUGUGAGUCGAGCCUCGCGGCCGCUGUCGUCCGGAGGAGUAGGAGGAGCUAUCAUCCAAUCAGUGGUCUCGUCAGUGCUGUCUGAUCUCCCGCAGUGUGACCGACCUGUGGAAAGCGUGCCAUCGUCUUGUUAAUCCCAAUCCCACCUCAACCCCAGCACUCUCCAUCAUGAAUUAAUCUUCAGUGCUGCUGUCCGUGCACUUUUCGUAGACGAUUUCGACGGAGGACGAACUUUGAAGACCCAGGCGACCCAUCUGGAAUGGGCGCCGCUUUUUUUUUUGCGGGUCUUUAAUCCUCGUGGACGUCGAAUCGGGAACAAGGGGGUGUCAUAAAAAUUAUGAAAUAUAUAUUAGCCUCAUUGUUCACUUUAAGAACGCUGUGUUCUUCUCGAGGUUCACGCCGCCGUCCCCCCACCCCACCCUUAACGCACUCUCCCCCUUCUCUCGGAUGGAGCAUUAAACAUUUAUGCAGGGAAUCACUUUUUUAGGGAGGGUUUGUUUUGUCUGUUUAUGUUUUUUUUUUUUUUUUGCUCUCAUUGGUGUAAUAAUGUCCAAGUGAUGUGUAAAAGUAAUUAACUGAUGAGCGAAUAAGUAGGACAUGACUGUUUCUAGGUUUGUACAGAUGAACACUUUCCAAUUAAACUCUGCCAAGUGCCUGGUUUCUAACCAUAGAUACAUAUAUAUGACUUUUUUUAGUUGUUUUAUUCAAUAUAUGUGUAUAUAUUUAAAUAUAUAUAUCUAUGGUUUUGCCAGGUUAUGAACUACCUGUGAUGUCAUAACUCAGGGUGGGAACAGAAGAGGAUUAUUUACCUCCCCCCACUAUGAUGCUGUCUCCCCCUGUGGUGGCACACAGCCUCUUACUGUACGUGACCUAUCCUCUGCCGUCACUCAACUCACUCGCUCAGAUAACCUGGACUGUUUCGCCAUUUUUCGGGGACGUGUGUAGGUGUUUUAUAAUGAAUGGAUAUGUUUUUUUGUUUUUUUUUUCUUUGUCUUAUUUUUCUUUAUUUUGUCUCUUUUGUACAGCCAAGUGUUUUUGGGUUGCUCGUAGUGCAACUGGAGCGCUGAACACAUUUAUGAGAUACUUGGCGUUUUAGUAAAAAAAUGAAAAGGAAAAUGCCUAGCACAGGUAUGUCGAUGUUUUGUGCAUGUUCCUCAGCCCAUCACAAAUGUGACGUUACAAUUGCACUAGACAGUUGCACCUCAAAUAAAAAGGAAACAAAAAAUUAAAAGCU